GACUUUUCUGCAUAUCGUUAUCUUGCUCUUCAGGAUAUUAUAAGUAGUGCUAAAGUUACAUCUAAUAACAACAAUACUCUUACUGCUAAUAAUUACCUUACUAGAAAUAAUGUAAUUUGUUUUGAAUUGAUUUCCAAAUGUAAUUCUUAUUGGAUAUUGCAUUAUGAAGCUUUAUGCAAAGCUGAAGUAGAUGUAUCUAAUAAUUUACCUAAAAUGAUUCAACAACAUUUUUGCAGCUUAAAUGAAUAUUUCUAUACUAGCUUUUAUGCUAUUUCACAUUUUUAUUGUAUUUGGAGAAGUGGACACUCUAGAUUCUUUCAGCAAGCGUUGAUAAAUAAUGGAUUUACAAAACCUCCUAGUUAUUCUUAUAACUAUAGUGACUUCAGAUAUGAAUUUAAUGGUAAAGGUUAUUCUAGUAGUGCAAAUUUUAAUAACAAUACUUGGUGCAAUUGUGAUUAUUAUAAUGAUGGCACUCGCAUAUGUAAUA